CAGCAGCUGGCGUAGCCGAGGGUAGGCUACUUUGUUGGAACGGAGCGCGUUGGUAAACGGCUGUGGAAAAUCAGUAGGAAAGUGUAAACAAAGGAAAACACCGGAAUAAAACGCCGGUCGAAGUUAGAUAGCUGCGUCACAGUGCCACCGUGACAAGGGAUUGAAUAUAUGCUUUUCACCUGCAGCAAGGAUAAUAUAAAAACUUCCCGAAGCGUAAUUCUCACAUUCAGGAUGUCGGACUGAGACAAAGAGGUCUGGGGCAUUCCCGUCGGAGCGGGUGUAACCUCAUCAUUGAAGCCUUCUCUGGACGGGAGAGAUGGAGAGGGAGCUACAAUGGUGGAAAGGACAGCUAGCCGCCGACAUCCAUCAGUCCCUCAGGAUCAAGGAGCUGAAGCUGCCAGCAUACCGGGCCCACUCCCCCCAGAUUGGGAUGCGUCGCUACUUUGCGGACCUGCUGGCCAUCCUGAGUAACCGCUACCAGCUGUGCCCCACAGCCCGUCACCUGGCCGUGUACCUGCUGGACCUGUUCAUGGACCACUAUGACGUGGCCGUCAAGCAGCUCUACGUCAUCGCCCUGUCUUGCCUGCUGCUAGCCAGUAAGUUUGAGGAGAAGGAGGACCGGGUCCCUAAGCUGGAGCAGCUCAACUCCCUGGGCUUCAUGUGCAGCCUGAGCCUGGUCCUCAACAAGAAGGACCUGAUCAAGAUGGAGCUGCUGCUGCUGGAGACGUUCGGCUGGAACCUGUGCAUGCCCACGCCCGCACACUUCAUCGACUACUACCUGCAGGCUUCCGUCCAGGAGGGGGACCUGUACAACGGCUGGCCCCUCUCCUCGCUCUCCAAGACCAGGGCCUUCAUGGACAAGUACACACACUACUUCCUGGAGGUGUCCCUGCAAGACCACGCCUUCCUGAGUUUCCGUCCCUCCCAGGUAGCAGCAUCGUGUGUGGCCUCGUCUCGUAUCUGCCUGCAGGUGUCCCCGAGCUGGACCAGCGCUCUGCACCUCCUCACCGGCUACAGCUGGGAUCACCUCUCCCAGUGCAUCGAGCUCAUGCUGCUUGCCCAUGACAACGACGUGAAAGAGGCCAACAAAUCCAAGUCCACGCCUCCAUCUCGCCCCUCGUCCGUCCAGCCCCAGGCCUCGCACCUCUCCCCGGCCUCCUCCACCGCCACCCCCCAGCACCUGCUCUUCCAGCCGGCAGCCUUCCCUCACCUCGCCCAGCACUCGCCCUCCCUCUCCCAGCUGCACGUGCUGAGCGAGGCCCAGGCUUUGGGGCCUGCGGUGGUCAGCAUGUCCCAGGACUUCCUGCAGAGCCACAGGAUGGGCCUGCUGACGGGCACCUCCUCCAUGGCUACCUCCGGAGGGGGGGCCUUCCCCUCCUACUCUAGCCUGGCCUCGGGGCUCCAGCCCGGGCCUCGGGCGCUGCCCCUGCAGGCUCCUCUCUCGGUGCAGAUGGCCCUGGAGCCUCGUCACUGCCUCAGCAUGGCGUACAGCGGGGGGGGUUACCUGGCCGCCCACCCGGCCUUCGCCGCCAGCUGCUUCGACAGGUGACGCCAGGAGACGGAGAGAGACGGCAAGACGGGAGCGCGGGAGCACGCCAGCCUCCCGUCGUUCCUCCCUCCCCCUGUCCGGCCCGUCGCAGACCUCCUCUCUCUCUCCGUCGACACCCCCCCUCUCCUCCUCCCCGCGCCCUCCUCCGUACGCCAGAGGCGCCUCAAACGCAAGCAGAGGUCGAGGGUCAGCGUCGACCCGGUAGAGGUCAUCACGUUGACGUGACGUCGCUGACGUCACAGCUGGCUGCUAACGCUAGCCGCUAACGCUAGCCGCUAACAGACUGUGAACACUCGGCCCGGCCCACAGGGAUUGGGCACCAGGCUGAGCACCAGGACCCUGAACACACACUGAAGCUGAAUAAGACUGGUUCAGUUCGGUUGCCGCUGUUCUUACCACUGGGAGGGAGGAGAGGGAUUGGACCUGAGCCAGGGUCCACUGUACCAUGUAGCAACAGGGUUUAUGUGGUAGCAGGACUCUCUGUUGAAUAUUGAAGGGUUAAGGGCCACCUCUGUCAAAGGGGCCGAGAGCUCAUUGUUCUCCUCGCAGCAGGGUCAAUCCUGUCGCAUACCUGCUCUGUUUCCGGUCUGUACCACUACACCAGCCCUCAUUCCUCCAUCCAUCCCUCACUCCCUCUCUUCCAAAGUCUGCCCCUGGGGUGGAAUUCUCACACCAGUGUGUGUGUGUGUGUGUGUGUGUGUGUGUGUGUGUGUGUGUGUGUGUGUGUGUGUGUGUGUGUGUGUGUGUGUGUGUGUGUGUGUGUGUGUGUGUGUGUGUGUGUGUGUGUGUGUGUGUGUGUGUGUGUGUGUGUGUGUGUGUGUGUGUGUGUGUGUGUGUGUGUGUGUGUGUGUGUGUGUGUGUCAGCCACUCCCCCUCACAGAAGACCAAACAAAGCUUUGAUGUUACUGCCUCUUCUCCUCUCCUCCACCCAGGAACUCUAUCGGUGGGCUGAACCACAGGAAGGAGGGUGGGGGGUGAAGGGUGGAGGGGAGGGGUGCCCCACGUCGGGGUACAGAUGUAAAUGCUGCUGCCUUCAGGCGCUCCGUCGAAUCUGCGUCCACGACGGCCUGCCAAUGUUUACAUAAACCACCAUGUUUCAGGGACUUGAACAAGAUUACUUGAAUACGAAGACGAUGCCAUUGAAACUUGUCCUUAGCUUUUAUUUAUAUUUAGUUUUUUUGUUAUACUCCUUGUUCUGUUUUAAUAUUUUAUUUCUUUUUUUGAUUUAGUGUAGCUUUGUUCUUCCGUUUGUACGAGUGUAAACAUUCUAAAGGUAGGCUUUAGUCCUGUUGUCCACCUCCUGUCUGUAGUGUAGAUACCCACUGAAUAUCCACAUUCACUCGUCCUCCCCUUUUGUCCGUUAUUCACUGUGCUUUAAUGAGAAUGCUAAUGGUGCAGCCAAGGGGGUCCUCUCUCUCCAUCCUCCCUUCUUCCUUUCUCUCUCUCUCUCUACUCUCUGGUGUGUCUCUCUUCCUCCUUUCCCUUUCUCUCUCUACUCUCUGGUGUGUCUCUCUUCCACCUUUCCCUUUCUCUCUCUCAUCUCUCUGGUGUGUCUCUCUCUCUCUCUCUCUCUCUAGAGCCUUUCUCUCAUCUCUCUGGGAGCUCUUCACCGAUGUCAGGGAGGGAGCUGACAUGCCGUCAGAGGAUCGCAGCUGCUACUGACUGCUGUGUCAGGGAGAGGGGGGGA